CUCACCUCAUUUCACCCUCAGAGCUCGAAACACGCAGAAGGUUGAAGUUGGACGAAGCUGAAGACUUCACAGGUCACAAUGAAGACUCUGGUGUUUGUGUCUCUCGUGGGAUUAUUCCUCCACGACACGACGGCAGAGAUGCACUCUCUGAGGUAUUUCUACACGGCGUCUUCUGAAGUCCCAAACUUCCCAGAGUUUGUGUCUGUUGGGAUGGUUGAUGAUUUUCAGGUAGAAUACUACGACAGUAACACCAAGAGAUUCGUACCCAAACAGGACUGGAUGAACAAAGUCACAGAAGACAGAGCUGACUACUGGGAGUGGCAGACUGAGAUAUUAAAGGGUUCCCAGCAGACCUUCAAAGUCAGGCUUGACAAUUUAAAGCGACGCUUCAACCAAACUGGAGGUGUUCACAUUGUCCAGAGGAUGUACGGCUGUGAGUGGGAUGAUGAUACUGGAGAUGUUAAUGGUCAUGAACAGCAUGGUUAUGAUGGAGAAGACUUCAUAGUUCUGGACCUGAAGACAUUGACGUGGGUCGCUCCACAACAACAGGCUGUCGUCACCAAACAGAAGUGGGAUAAUGACAAAGUUCUGUUAGAGUAUAAUAAGAACUACUUCACCAAUGUCUGUGUUGACUGGCUGAAGAAGUUUGUGAACUAUGGGAGGAGCUCUCUGAUGAGAACAGACCUCCCCACAGUGUCUCUCCUCCAGAAGACUCCCUCCUCUCGGGUCACCUGCCACGCUACAGGUUUCUACCCCAACAGAGCCAUGAUGUUCUGGAGGAAAGAUGGAGAGGAGCUUCACGAGGACGUGGACAAGGGAGAGAUCCUCCCCAACCACGACGGCUCCUUCCAGAUCAGCGCUGACCUUCAACUGCCCUCUGAUGACUGGGGGAAGUACGACUGUGUGUUUCAGCUCUCUGGUGUGAAGGAGGACAUCGUCACCAAACUGGACAAACGAGAGAUCAAGACCAACUCCGUGAAUCCCAUCUACAUGAUCAUUGUCAUCAUCGCUGUUGUUCUCCUUCUUGUAACCAUCGUCUGUGCGGCUGGAUUCUGCCUGUAUAAGAAGAGAAAUGCCAAACGCCCUCCAUCCCCGGUAAACGACUCGGCUGUGCAACAAAUGAUGCUUCCAAAUCCAAAUACCUAAAAGACAAAGAGACGACCCUGAACCCAGUGAGUUACAUGAAAUGAGCCUUUAAUUCAGGAUAUAGUCAUUGUUCUGGUGGUGUGUGUGGUAAGUCAGUCACUGCAUGUAAACAUUACUUCUGCUGCUGCGUCACCUGGACAGAGGCGGUAACCAUAGUUACAGGCAGAGAGAAAAGAGAGUCACAGGUGAAUGGGGAAGAGGAAUCAGGAAUCUGUGUGUGUGUGUGUGUGUGUGUGUGUGUGUGUGUGUGUGUGUGUGUGUGUGUGUGUGUGUGUGUGUGUGUGUGUGUGUGUGUGUGUGUGUGUGUGUGUGUGUGUGUGUGUGUGUGUGUGUGUGUGUGUGUGUGUGUGUGUGUGUGUGUGAUGUGAUGAAAAGAAAAGUUGUUAGUUUUAUUUGAGUUAAGAUCUUGAAUGGUUGGUGGGAUGUUGAAUGUUUCUCUGUGAAGCUGUCUGUAAAUAUAGAUUUAGUGUUUCAAUAAAGCCCUUAAACAUUCAAA